CGUUAGGCGCGCGCGCCCCAAGCAGCCUAACUGAGUUAGCUUCUUGGGUGUUCUCGGCUUUCUCCUUAGGAUUUGACUAUUUGUCGACUCUGUUGUCUACGAUUUUCGGCAUGCCGUCUUCUUUGCUGGGCGCAGUGAUGCCGACCUCUACGUCGGCCUCAGCCCUGCAGGAAGCUCUGGAAAAUGCGGGGCGGCUUAUCGACCGUCAGUUGCAAGAAGACCGCAUGUACCCGGACCUUUCUGAGCUGCUGAUGGUGUCUGCCCCAAGUAAUCCCACUGUUUCAGGCAUGUCAGAUAUGGAUUAUCCUCUACAAGGACCUGGUUUGCUAUCAGUACCCAAUCUUCCAGAGAUCAGUUCCAUCCGAAGAGUUCCUCUCCCACCUGAACUUGUCGAACAGUUUGGACAUAUGCAGUGUAACUGCAUGAUGGGAGUUUUUCCUGCCAUCAGCAGAGCUUGGCUAACAAUUGACAGCGACAUAUUCAUGUGGAACUAUGAGGAUGGAGGAGACCUUGCCUAUUUUGAUGGACUUAGUGAGACAAUCCUUGCUGUGGGACUUGUGAAACCAAAAGCUGGCAUCUUUCAGCCUCAUAUACGACACCUCUUGGUUUUGGCAACCCCCGUGGAUAUAGUAAUUCUUGGACUCAGUUAUGCCAAUUUGCAGACAGGUUCUGGGAUUCUUAAUGAUAGUAUGUCUGGCGGAAUGCAGUUGCUUCCAGAUCCUUUAUAUUCUCUUCCCACUGAUAAUACUUACCUUUUAACAAUAACAUCAACUGAUAAUGGGAGAAUUUUCUUGGCUGGAAAGGAUGGCUGUUUAUAUGAAGUAGCAUACCAAGCAGAAGCAGGUUGGUUUAGUCAAAGAUGUAGGAAGAUAAACCACUCAAAGAGCUCACUUUCUUUCCUUGUUCCUUCCUUGCUACAAUUUACAUUCUCAGAAGAUGACCCUAUUGUUCAAAUUGCAAUUGAUAAUUCUAGAAAUAUCUUAUAUACACGAUCAGAGAAAGGAGUAAUACAGGUUUAUGACUUGGGCCAAGAUGGACAGGGAAUGAGUAGAGUGGCCUCAGUUUCCCAGAAUGCUAUUGUCUCUGCUGCUGGAAACAUUGCAAGGACCAUUGAUCGUUCUGUUUUUAAGCCAAUUGUUCAGAUAGCAGUGAUUGAAAAUUCUGAAUCAUUGGACUGUCAGUUAUUGGCUGUCACACAUGCAGGUAUCAGGUUAUAUUUCAGCACUUGUCCAUUUAGACAGCCAUUAGCACGGCCUAAUACACUGACACUGGUUCACAUUCGCUUACCUCCUGGAUUCUCAGCAUCUUCAACAGUGGAAAAGCCUUCAAAAGUACACAAAGCUCUUUAUAGUAAAGGUAUUCUAUUGAUGGCAGCCUCAGAAAAUGAGGAUAAUGACGUUUUAUGGUGUGUCAACCAUGAUACAUUUCCUUUCCAAAAGCCAAUGAUGGAAACCCAGAUGACAACCCGUGUUGAUGGUCAUUCUUGGGCUCUUUCUGCAAUAGAUGAAUUGAAAGUAGAUAAAAUAAUUACACCUUUAAAUAAGGAUCAUAUCCCAAUAACUGACUCUCCAGUUGUUGUACAGCAACACAUAUUACCUCCAAAGAAAUUCGUUCUCCUCUCAGCACAGGGUAGUCUUAUGUUUCAUAAACUAAGACCUGUAGAUCAACUGAGGCACCUACUUGUGAGCAAUGUGGGUGGAGAUGGAGAAGAGAUUGAAAGAUUCUUUAAGUUACAUCAGGAAGACCAGGCUUGUGCAACUUGCCUUAUCCUUGCUUGCUCCACUGCUGCCUGUGAUAGAGAAGUAUCUGCUUGGGCUACACGAGCUUUCUUCAGGUAUGGAGGUGAAGCACAGAUGAGAUUUCCAGCUACUCUCCCCACUCCAAGUAAUGUUGGUCCCAUCUUGGGAUCUCCUGUUUAUUCUAGUUCUCCUGUUCCUAGUGGUAGUCCCUACCCAAAUCUAUCCUUUUUGGGAACACCAUCUCAAGGUAUACAGCCUCCUGCUAUGUCAACUCCUGUGGGUGCCAUGGGAAACCCAGCUGCUCAGGCCACAAGUAUGAGUUGUAUGACUGGCCCAGAGAUUGUGUACUCUGGAAAACACAAUGGUAUUUGCAUUUAUUUUUCUCGGAUAAUGGGAAAUAUCUGGGAUGCUAGCUUGGUUGUGGAGAGGGUAUUCAAGAGUGGCAACAGAGAGAUCAUGGCAAUUGAAAGUAGUGUUCCCUGCCAGCUUCUGGAGUCAGUACUACAAGAACUGAAAGGUUUGCAGGAAUUUCUAGACAGAAAUUCCCAAUUUGCAGGAGGACCAUUAGGAAAUCCAAAUACUACUGCCAAAGUGCAGCAGAGGCUGAUGGGAUUCAUGCGUCCUGAAAAUGGAAAUACUCAGCAAAUGCAACAGGAGCUACAGAGGAAGUUUCAUGAGGCUCAGCUGAGUGAAAAGGUUUCACUUCAGGCAAUUCAACAGUUGGUUCGAAAAUCAUACCAGGCCCUGGCUUUAUGGAAACUUCUUUGUGAACAUCAGUUUACUGUCAUUGUAGGAGAACUUCAGAAGGAAUUUCAAGAGCAGCUGAAGAUCACCACUUUUAAAGAUCUGGUAAUCAGGGACAAAGAACUCACAGGGGCAUUAAUUUCUUCUCUUAUCAACUGCUACAUCAGAGAUAAUGCUGCUGUUGAUGGCAUUAGUUUACAUUUACAGGACAUCUGCCCACUUCUGUAUAGCACUGAUGAUGCAGUUUGUUCUAAGGCAAAUGAGCUUCUCCAGCGUUCCCGACAAGUUCAAAGUAAGUCUGAAAAGGAAAGAAUGUUAAGGGAAUCAUUAAAGGAAUAUCAAAAAAUCAGCAAUCAAGUGGAUCUUUCCAACGUCUGCACUCAGUAUAGACAAGUGCGUUUUUAUGAGGGUGUGGUGGAACUUUCUCUUACUGCUGCAGAGAAGAAAGAUCCUCAGGGUCUUGGACUUCAUUUCUAUAAACAUGGAGAGCCAGAGGAAGACAUGGUUGGACUUCAAGCUUUCCAAGAAAGAUUAAACAGCUACAAGUGCAUUACAGACACCCUUCAAGAACUUGUAAAUCAAAGUAAGGCUGCUCCUCAGUCUCCUAGUGUACCUAAAAAACCUGGUCCUCCAGUGCUAUCAUCUGAUCCCAAUAUGCUGAGCAAUGAAGAAGCAGGACACCAUUUUGAACAAAUGCUCAAAUUGGCUCAGCGAUCCAAGGAUGAGCUCUUUAGUAUUGCUCUUUAUAAUUGGUUAAUACAAGCUGACCUUGCCGAUAAGCUACUACAGAUUGCUUCUCCAUUUCUGGAGCCACAUCUAGUCCGAAUGGCCAAAGUGGAUCAAAACAAAGUUCGUUAUAUGGAUUUACUCUGGAGAUAUUAUGAGAAGAACAGAAGUUUUAGUAAUGCUGCUCGUGUCCUAUCCAAAUUGGCUGACAUGCAUAGCACAGAAAUUUCACUUCAGCAACGGUUAGAGUACAUUGCCCGAGCCAUUCUUAGUGCCAAAAGUUCCACUGCCAUUUCGUCAAUAGCUGCAGAUGGUGAAUUCCUUCAUGAAUUAGAAGAAAAAAUGGAAGUUGCUAGAAUCCAACUUCAAAUUCAAGAAACACUACAAAGACAGUAUUCCCAUCAUUCUUCUGUACAGGACGCAAUUUCUCAGUUGGAUUCUGAGUUAAUGGACAUAACUAAGCUUUAUGGGGAAUUUGCUGACCCAUUUAAACUCGCAGAGUGUAAACUUGGAAUAAUUCAUUGUGCUGGUUAUUCAGACCCCAUAUUGGUGCAGACCCUUUGGCAAGAUAUCAUAGAGAAAGAGUUGAAUGAUAGUGUAACAUUGAGCUCCACAGAUAGAAUGCAUGCUCUCAGUCUGAAGAUUGUCCUCCUUGGCAAAAUUUAUGCUGGUACACCUCGCUUCUUCCCUUUAGAUUUUAUUGUACAGUUCUUAGAACAGCAAGUUUGUACUUUGAACUGGGAUGUAGGCUUUGUAAUACAGACCAUGAAUGAAAUUGGAGUACCAUUACCUAGACUAUUAGAAGUUUAUGAUCAACUAUUCAAAUCAAGGGAUCCAUUCUGGAACAGAAUGAAGAAGCCACUACACCUUUUGGAUUGUAUCCAUGUACUAUUAGCAAAAUAUGUUGAGAAUCCUAACCAAGUUUCAAAUUGUGAGAGGAGAAGAUUUACAAAUCUCUGCCUGGAUGCUGUUUGUGGUUAUCUGGUUGAACUCCAGUCUAUGAGCUCUUCAGUAGCGGUCCAAACCAUCACUGGGAAUUUUAAAUCCCUUCAAGCAAAGUUAGAAAGACUUCAUUGAUAAUUGUAAUGUAUUUUUGUCCAUGCAUUUUGAUCUGUAAAAUAAAAGCUUAGCUGGGUCCAGAUAUCAAGUAUUCUAAGAAUUUAGAUGCAAUUUUAAUAGAAAUGUGUUUUUAAUAAGUGGCUAAUACUUACAAAUAUAGCACAUUUGCCAAAAGAAUUCUUUUAUAUGACUAUAUUUUGUUUUUUAAUAGUGGGUUUGGAACUAACUAAAUAAAUAAUUGGUAUGGGCUGGGGUUGUAAUUCAGUGGUGAGGGCUUUCUGUGUUGCCCCGAGUUCAAUCCCCUACACCAAAAAUAACAAUAAUAAUAAUAAUUGGUUUAGGAAAUAAUAAAUUAGGUUGUGUUUGUAUUUAACACAAUGAUUUUUUUUAAUUCCUGUUUUGAAUUUUACUCUAGGCAGAAAUUUUGAAUUUAUAUUAUUUCUUUUUAAGUAGAAUGUCAGUACCAAAAUUUCAAACACUAGUUCUUAAAUAGGCAAAUGACUGUUUUGUUUUAAAGAUCAUCUUUGUAAAGAAAUUUCUGUAACUACUAAUUUUAUCAGUUAUAUCCCUUGGGGUUUGAAAUGUAAACUUAGUUACUUGAGCAGGUAAUAAUGUUCUGUGGUUUAGAGGUAAACCUACAUAGGGAGAUACCAUUUCCUUUAAGUGUCCACCUGGCUCUUCUUUGGUUUUGUAAUUGCUGUUUCCAUUAAAGCCAUGGUUCUCAAA